AUGAGUUUGAUAAAAGAAAAGAUUGAUGAACUUUGCCAGAAUCAAUGCAAAGUUUUUGAGCCACCGAAUUAUGUUCAGAUUUUCCGCGUCGUCCUUUGGGUAAAUUUCGUCAUCACAACCCUCAUAUCCACAGUUUCUAUCAUCAAUAUCUACCGCAGCUGGGUCAAGGUGAAACGACAAAAUCCAGAAUGGCCCUAUUCAAAAAACUGUUUAUUCAACAAAUUACGAUGUCUGCCCCGCUGGAUCGUUGGAAUCGUCAUUUUCUUCACAGUCAUUCCGGUUCUGAUGGCGGAUUUCUUCGACAUUUUCUUUGACACGAAAUAUUUUAACGAUCUCGCGUUGUCUAAGAUGUUUGACAAUCGGAUUCACUUAGAUUGGAAGAUCUUUCCUGUUAUGUUCACCUUUUUGAUAACAGCAAAUGUCAAAGCUUUCGCUCUUGGUGUCAUUGCUGUCAGACAGGUUCGACCGAACGUCCCAAUAAUUCGCCAAACAAUCAAUCCACUUCGCCCAAAUGUCGUCAACGCUAGAAUUUCCAGCGCUCAAGAUGACGAAGGCAAUUUGCAAGACGAAAACGUCUACGAAAAACUGAAAUAUUGGCGAGAUAUUUUGAGCUUUUUGCUUGAAGAUGCAGCUGAGAGCUUUGCCCAAUAUUUUUAUGUUGAUAAAUUUGUCGGAGAAGAUAGCUGGCUCGUUACAGUAAAAAGCGUCAUCAUGGUCGUCUUCGCCCUGAUUUCCUUCAUCCGCUUCCUGCGUCACGUGAUUCCUUACUGGAAACUCGUGGAUACGAUUAACGAGCAUCUUCGCCUCUUUUUUAUGGUUUUGAUUAUUUUCUCAAUCCUCGUGGUUCACGCCGUCCGUAUUUUCGCGGUGUUGACCUUCCCCGAUGAUCCAAGCUACAUUAUGAACUGUCUCGAGAAAAAGGUGGAUUUUUAUGACGACUUGAUUCAACCAAGAAACGAGACUUAUUUGAUACAAACGCCGUUUACUAGCAAUUGUCUUCGAACCAUAGAUAAAGCCCUAAUAGUUCACCUCAUUAUCUCUUCCUUGAUUGCAAUUUUUGGACUGGUCGCCGGGUAUUUCUGGAAUUUCAAUGCGGUUUUCGAACAAAGUCACUACACUGGAAGAGCGGCAAUUUUCUCAAGCUCGCCAAGAUCAUCCGACGAGCCACCCAAAACAAUCACAGAAAGUCUAGGAAAUUCCAGCGAGAGCUUUUAA